AUAACUGAUUUCACUCUCUCUCUACUAUUUUUUCUCUCUCAAUACUAAUUUAAUCAUCGAAGAGUGUCCCCGGGCCACGCCCCCGGACCUCUUCUGCAGGAAACGAAGGACCUCCAUCUCAAAAGACAAGCGGUCUUCUCGUUGGUCUUCACAAAGCCGCCUGGCACUUUCUAGGCGUAAACAGGUACAUCCCUACCAAUUAAACUAUGCACAAGGUGCAAACAAAAGCAUCUAAGAACCUAAUUUGUCCAUUAGAAGCCAAAGAUGCCGAAAUCUCCAGCUCAGAGCAGAUAAAGGCAAUUCCGUUACUCAAAUCAUAUCCAUUUUAAUGAUUUCAUCUCUUAUUAGAGCAGAGUUUGUCUUUUGAUCAAAAGUACAGAGUCUGGCAGAGUUGCUCUGUUCUGUCUUUGAAAGCGGCGGCCAUGAUCAAGGAGGUGAAAGGGCAAGCCAAGGUCGGCCUAGGAUUGGACGUAAUAUGGAAAUCUCUAACCAAGGAACUUCAAUUCAUCAUCCCAAAAUUGAUGCCAGAGCAUGUGGAGGAAGGCCACGUCCUCGAAGGAGACGGUGGCCUUGGAACUGUCUUCCUCUUCAACUUCUCCCAAAACAUUAAAACGUUGGGAUACCAGAAGGAGAAGAUUGUCGAGCUCGACGAGACUCUGCAUCUGCUUGGACUCCAAGUUGUGGAAGGUGGUCACCUCGACCAUAGCUUUUCUUACUACAAAACCACCUUCCAGCUCACUGCAGCCAACGACACCGCCACGACCGAGACGAUCGUUGAUGUGACGGUAGCUUAUGAAUUUCAAGCGGAACCAGUUAAAGUAAGUCACACUCACAUGCCAUCCAUUACCAUGGCGCACUCUCUAAAAUUCGUCAAGUCUUUGGAAAGUUAUCUGCUUACCAAUUUGGUUGCUGCUGGCUCCUUAACUGAUUGAUAGCUUUUCUUGCACCUCUGUUUCUCUUCUCGGUUAAUUUCUCAAGUAUGUCUUGUUUGUGAAGUGUAAUAAAAUCCUGCUCUGUUUUCCAAGCAAAUGAAAGUCGAUUUGUCGAACACCGAAUCGAUCCACGAGACUUUAACAUGGAAUCGAUUAUGUUAUCGAAAGUUCUUAUACCAUGUUAAGACCAAAUUUACCAAAUAAAUUGAGUGGUUGUAGAAGCUCAUCAAUGUUAAAUCAUAAAGGAUUCCUUAACGA